ACUCUACUAUUGGUUUACAAAACGACAAAGUCCUACGUGGCAUUCAGUUUUUUUUUUUUACAAACACAAACUCAAACUCUUCUUGUCUAUUUAUUACACAAGUCUUCCCUUUCUCUUUCACAUUAUCAUCACUUCCUCUUACAAGUUACAAAUCCUUCAAUAAGCUUCUUUCACCUGAGAACGAGUCACGACUUUCGAGUCAACUCAGCGAGAUGGGUAUAUGCAGUUCGAGCGAGUCGACUCAAGUGGCGACGGCGAAACUGAUUUUGCAAGACGGGAGGAUGAUAGAGUUUACGAGCCCCGUGAAAGUAGGAUACGUUUUGCAAAAGUAUCCCAUGUGUUUUAUCUGCAACUCAGACGAUAUGGACUUCGACGACGCCGUUUCAGCUAUUAGCGCCGACGAGGAGCUUCAGCUAGGUCAGAUAUACUUCGCGCUUCCUCUUCGUUGGCUUCGUGAGCCGCUUAGAGCGGAUGAGAUGGCUACAUUGGCCGUUAAAGCUAGCGCUGCGCUCAUGCAAAGCGGUGGCGGUGGAGGAAGUUGUCGCCGGAAACGUGUAGAUCCUAUUGUCGCUGGUGAGUCUCUGAAGAGAUUUGGCUCCGGUGAUGAUACAGUGGGAUCCGGCGGUGGUAGAAGGAAAGGCAGAGACGGUGACGGUGGUGCUAGUAGCAGUAGUAGUGGCCGGAGGAGGAAGUGUUACGCGGCGGAGCUGAGUGCGAUAGAAGAGUGAAGGGUAGUUUUAGAGCUUGUGGAUAGUUGUAAUUAUGUUGGGGCACUUUAGUCAUUCAACGAAGAAUCAAGUUGCAAAUUAGCAAUAUUCGAAAAGUUAUCUUUUGGGAUUUUA